AUGGCGCCUAGCCGUAGGCCCGUUAAUCAACCAGCACAACAGAAUCAGGGAUUUAUGGAUGCCAUGUAUGCUUCCUUUCUAAGCAUGGCUACAAGAGCUCAAAACGAGCGGCCGGUUGAGGAUAGGAAGCAAGGUUACUUCCGGAAAUUUAGCCGUGCGCCUAUCCCCUCGUUUAAUAGUGAGGGAGGACCCCAGGAGGCAGAGUUCUGGUUAGACUCCAUAGUCAAACAUUUGAGUACUAUAGGAGUUCCAAAUGAAUACUGGGUGGAAUUUACGGUAUAUAAGAUGGAGGGCUUAGCGAACACUUGGUGGAAACAGGUCAAGAGAAGAAUGGAUGUUACAAGACUGACCUGGGAGCAAUUUGAGACACUGUCCAAUGAGCAGUAUUUCCCUCAGAGUUAUAGGGAGGAAAAAGCAUUAGAAUUUAUGUCUCUGCUGCAAGGUGAUAUGUCUGUAAGGGAAUAUGAGGCCAAGUUCAAUGACCUAUCCCGGUUUGCGCCAUCACUAGUGGAGUUUGAACCCAUGAGGUGUCUUAAGUUUGAGAAGGGUCUCAAGAAUUCUGUGAGGAGGUCAUUGGUGGCCUUAAGGAUUCGGAACUUCUGGGAUUUGGUAGCUGCUGCUACACGGGUGGACCACAGCGGAGUGGUAGGAGAAACCGCAACCAGGGGCAAACGGUUGGGGAGAUGGCAAGCGGUGGCAGUAGUUCGUCAGGGAGUGACAGAAAUGCUCCGUACGGGCCCAGGUGUCACCAUUGUGAGCAGCCUCAAGCGCCGAGACCGGUACAACCACCUUUGCCGCAACAGUAUAGGCCUCAGACCCAGCGGCCAAAUGUUGGUGACAGAGGGAAAGGGAAAGUACAGGGACAAGCUUAUGUCCUGGCAGGAGGUAGUUCUGGAGGCAGAUCUGAAUCCAGUCUUAGGAGAACGAAUGUUGAAGUACAGUGUUGGGGGACGGAGGAAUCUAGCCUGUUUUUCUUUCCUUCUUGCUUUGGAAGGUGAACCCGAGAUAACUGGAGAUAGUGCGGGAAUCCCUGUAGUGGAUGAAUUUACGGAUGUAUUUCCUGAUGAGCUACAUGGUUUACCGCCAGAUCAGGAAAUUGAAUUUUGUAUUGAUUUAGUUCCGAGAACGGCACCUAUUUCCAUUCCUCUAUACCGGAUGGCUCCGGCGGAGAUGAAGGAAUUAAGAACGCAGCUUGAAGAGCUGGCAGAAAAAGGGUAUAUCCGGAAUAGACAAGGAAUAUCUGUCGAUCCUUCUAAGAUCGAGACUGUGCUACAGUGGGAAAGGCCGAAGAAUGUUGUGGACAUUCGUAGUUUCCUCGGACUUGCAGGGUACUAUCGGUGUUUCGUGAAAGACUUCUCGAGUAUUGCUGCACCGCUGACUCGGUUAACCAAGAAAGAAGUCAGAUUCCAGUGGGACGCUGAGUGUGAAAUUGCUUUUCAGGAACUGAAGGCAAAGGAGAUGGGUGGAGUAUAUGGAAGAUUACGACUUCACUCUACAAUAUCAUCCGGGAAAAGCUAA